ACCAGCAAGCACAUCUUAAACGCACAAGUGUCGAUUCGCUCACCAUGCUGUCGGAAAUGGUUUGAUUGCGCAGAAUGCCACGCGGAGCAAGAAACGCAUCCGCUUCUGCAGAGUUUCGACAUGACGUUUAUCUGCAAGAAAUGCAAGAAGGCCUUUAGAAAGAACACCCAGGAAUGGGAGGAUAGUGAUGAAUACUGUCCGAACUGCGAUAACCAUUUCGUGAUUGAGGCGCUUACACCGAAGGCUGCAUUGAAAGUUGAGAGCGAGGAUGUGCGAGUGGACUCAAGG